AUGCAUGUAUUUGGAUGCAAUCCGCUCAAGGAGCUCAAGGCGUGUAAGAGCCCAACACAUGCUUUGCUCUUCUCUGAGGGGGGCCAGUUUCUGAUUACUGGGAGUAACGAUGAAUGUGUCAGAGUCUGGGAUACCUUCAAGGCCUCCGUGUGGCUGAUCGCUGUGAGUCAGUUUGGUCUUGUCAAGGUGUACACGCUCACAAGCUCCAGUACCGCUCAGCUCCUCUGGCAGACACCUUCUUUAAACUCAAUGCCAAAGGAUCUCAGUUGCUUUGGCGAUGACAAGGUUGCUGCUUUCUUAUUGCAGACUGGCGAAAUGGUUUGUUUGAGUGCAGCAACAGGAAUCGUACAGUGGCGCAAGAAGCUCUUGGGGGCAGUUGGUUAUGCGACACUCUCUCGGGACUCCACCAAGCUGCUGGUCAACAACCUAUCAACCAAUAACUUCGACCUUUAUGCCUUUCCUGAAAACACGUUCAUGCGAACUUUCACGAUCCCGGAGAAAACGAUCCGACACAAGAUCAAGCAAGGUACAUUCGCUGGAGAUAAUGACGAGUUUGUCAUCUGUGGGAGUCUCCACGGCAAGGUAUAUGUAUUCAAUACAGAGAGUGGUGCUUGCAUCGAGGAACUUCGGCAUGACCCCAGUACACUACCAUGUCUAUUCCGCUUCAGAUUCCUACAGUGA